AGUCAAGUCAACAACUUUGUAUAAAAGAGGAACUAUGUCGAAUUCAUUUACCUUAUGGUGUUAACUAGAAUUCACCUCAUUAGAUAAAAAGGUGCAGAAAAAUGAAAUGUUUACAGUGGUUACUCAUAUUAUUGUUCACAAUCAAUCUUUCUUCCUGGUCACUAACUAGUCCGGUACUGACAGAAAUCUCAACACUGAGGACAAGUGAAAAUGAAACAUUUUCAUCUGAGAAUAAGGAGAUGAAUUCUACAACGGAGAAAAAUCCUGAAGAAUCUAAUAGCACAUACGAGUAUGAAGAAGAAGAAGAAGUAGCUACUGAUGUUCAAGAAGAAUUGAAUUCUAGUUUGUCGGAAUCAUCAGCUUCAUCGUUACUUCAGUCUAAAGAAACAGAAUCCUUGGACCAGGAGUUGGCAAGUUCACCUCUGCUAGGAAGUACAAUUCCUGAGACCAAUGAAUACCAAGAUAUUUCUUCAAAUGAGUCUUUUGAUAAAACUGGAACAACUAUUGAUUCUGUAUCAUCAUUUCAUUCACCAGAACAUGAAAUUAAAGUAUCUGAACCUACAGUGAAAGCUAAUGAUAAUAAUCAGGCUGAAAUAACAUACUUGUUAAAUCGUUUGGAAGAAACAUUAGGAGUACCAUCAACAGAUAGAAGAAAUUAUCAAUAUAUCACAGUGAUUAAAAGUUCAGAUGGAAGUAUUUAUGUUCCAUAUGAUCAUCAACAAAGUACUCGACAACAUUUGAUCACACUAUUGGGAUUUGCUGAACAGAUUGUAUCCAGUAAAGCUGGCAUUGCAACUUCAGAAUAUAGGCGGGACCAUUUCCUACAAUAUGAAAAUUUUCUUUAUCUACCUAAUCUCAAACAUAUACUUGACUUAUGUAGAGGAGUUUAUACCCCAGAAGUAGUAGUUCCAUCAUAUGUGAAGCAAUUUCUAGACAAAUUUAAUAAAAGUGAAGUUAAUGACCUACUCAGCUUAUUGAAUAAAGGCAAUUGGACAAAAGAACAACAAGCUGACCUCUUUCGAUUCGCCUAUAUCUGUUAUGGAUUAAAAUAUCACUAUCCUGAGAUGAAUGAUCACUAUGACUACUCAAGUGUACGUAAAAUGCGAUCAUUCUGUCCAACAGUUAAAAAUGCGAUGGGAUUAUCACUAAACCACACAGUAGAAACAUCACGACAAACGAAACUACAAUUGCUGCAUAGCAUUUCUAUGGAGGAUUAUCCUCAGGUGAGUGUACCACCCACUUCGAUAGGGCAGACGACUGCAGAACUAUUCUCUUCAGAGUUUGCUGAUGAUUCACAAAGUGAUGGACAGAGUUCAUCAACACCUGAACUGACAACUGAUAAUCUUUUUAUUUUUGAAAACAACACAUCACUAAUUAAUGAUACUCAGUUGAACGAUAAUUAUGAGAUGAACAGUACCGUUCCAGCUGAUCUACAGAACGACAACAUGAAAACAGGCGAAGAAGACUUGGUCGGUGGUCAAGAUGAAAUCCAACUGCUCGAUUUCAGCGAAGACAACGGCGACGAAACACUCGCGUAUACUGAGGAUAAUACAAAAGCGUCUAAAGAUGUGGUUUCCUAUGGAUUCGAACAGAAGAAAGAAUUAACUACUGAUGAAUUCUCUGACGAGACAACAGACUACCCAUUAAAAACGGGUGUCAUAGAAGAGUAUGCGGAGUCCGUUGGAAAUGAAGAAAUACAAACAGAGGAUGCAACAGCUGAUCAAGAUAUUCAAACGUUUACUAAAAAUACAGAAGAAACUUUGUUGGAACCAGUCAAUGAAGUUGAGGAAGAAAGGGUGAAGAGGAGAAUUCAACACGAGAGAUGAAUACCGAACAACAAGAAUUCAGUACUGAAUGAAUACGUCUCAUCUGAAGCAUAUGCAGAAAAAUAACUUACUGAGGUUACAAAGACAAAUUUCCAUUAACUAUUGAUAAACGUACAUUUUUGUUUUAAAUACACUAAACGUUUUGUAGUGUCAUUGACUUUCAAUGUGACAUUAACAACAGAUAUUCUUGCUUAUUGUUACAUUACGACUUAUUCUCCUAACUUUACAGUGAUAAUGUGUACUUUUCUUAAUCUUCUACCCAGAAAUUCAUUCAUAUUCAGUAUUUUUCAAUGUAUCCAAGAGUUUUUGUUAAUAAAUAUCGCAUAAUUGUUCAUUGUUUUAAUGGA